AAACAUAGCUAGUGCACUGCAAACCCACGCUCCGCCGGUCACUUCCAACCGCCGCCUCCUCAGCCACAUGGCGCACACUGAGAUCAGCUCGCCGCCCCGGAGCCCUCCGGUCGGGGGAUGCACCGGCGGAGCUCGGCGGACGGUGCCCUUCUCCCCAAGCUCCAGCCGAUCUUCUGCCGUCAACACCCACCGCUUAUCGAUUGAGGCUAGUGCGGCCGCAUCGCCGGAGCUACCGCAGGACAUCUUGAUGCGUGUGUUUGCCACCCUCGAGAUCCCUGACCUCGCACGCGCCGGCGCCGUCUGUGCCUCGUGGCGCUCCGGCUACAUCACCCUGCGCGACCUCGGCAAGCACAGGCAGCACCAGACGCCGUGCCUGCUUUACACCUCCGAAUCUGCCGGCGACAACGUCGCAUGCCUCUAUAGCCUCGUGGAGAAGAGGGUUUACAGGUUGAAUCUCCCCGAGCCGCCCAUCCGCAGCAGGCUCAUCAUCGGCUCCUCGCUCGGCUUGCUGGUUACCGUCGACGAGACAGCCCAAAUGCACCUCCUCGAUCCUAUCACCGGUGAACAGACUGCUCUCCCGUCGGUGACCACCUUUGAAGAGGUGAAACCUGUGUACGAUGAUUCUGGUGCUGUCCACAACUAUGAGUACUCGAUGUAUGCUAGGUACGACGUUAUCUUCCCAACACAUAUCGUUACCCCUGGUUUUCUGCAGCAUCACUUCCACCAAAAGGCCCUAGUUUUUUAUGAUGAUGCAUCCACUGGAAGCUACAUCGUGGUGCUCAUGCACGCUCCUUAUGGUCAACUCUCGUUUGCAAGAGUAGGAGAUGAUGAAUGGACCUCGCUGCCGCUAUACAGUGCCUAUUGUGACUGCACCUAUAAGGAUGGACUGUUGUAUGCAGUGGCUCAAAAGGGAGAGAUUCACGCCUUCGAUCUUAGAGGUACUGCUGUUACCAAGGAGAUUAUCAGGGGGAUAGACCGGGAAUUAUGUUUCGAUGGCAAUUACAUUGUGCAGGCUGCAUGGGGUGGUCUGCUGCUUGUUUCGAGGGAAAAAGAGUACGAUUCUGAGGAAGAUCCUGACCCUGAGCCAGAGCUUGUUCCAAACACUACGGGAAUUAUAUUGCACAAAAUUGAUGCUGGAGGAAAGAGGCUUGUGAAAAUUGAUUGCUUGCCUGACCAUGUGCUGUUUCUUGGGCUUAAUAAUACACUUUGUCUGAGCGCCAAAGAAUAUCCUGCUCUUAAGGGAAAUCAUGCCUACUUCACUGAUGAUGACGAAUUCAAUUCAUCCCAUAAGAGUUGCCUUCGUGAUAUAGGAGUGCUUGACUUGGGCAAUAAUAGCAAGGAGGUCCUUGUGUCUCCUCAGCUUUGGCCCAACUGGCCAGCUCCCGUGUGGAUUACACCCAAUCUUACAAUGAUGAAACCAACAUCGAAUAACUCUUGCCUCGACAGAAUAUAGCGUGACCUCUCUAUGUUGAUGGUACCUAUUGACAGUCUUUUCCAAUCGAGAGCAUCACAGAGCCGAUUUUUGGUGAAUUUUUGACAAAAGAGACCACCUGCGCGAGUGAAUUGUCAAAAAAGACCACCUUCGAAAAUUAUUGUCAAAAAAGACCACCUACGUUGUGGCGGCACGCGUGCCAGGUGACACAUGUCACCUGCCGCCACAGCCGGAGGCGGCAGUCCUUGCCGCCGUUGCCCAUGGCGGCAUGUCAACAAUGAUCAAUGAAUAGUGUCCUGAUCGAUGAACAGUGCACAUUAGCUACAAAAUUUGUUGAAUUUGUCUUUUUUGCUGAGCCCAAAAUACAACGUAUUUUAUAGUGAAUUUUUGCACGAUUGUAGUGCAUAGAGUUAGCUACAUGUAGGUAUUUUUUUCGAAUUUUUUGAG